GAGUAUCCAGUGUCCCACCAGGUGCCAUUGGCCUCCUGACUUUCAUCAACAAGGGCUGCAGCUCGAACUGUGUUGCGGGGUCAGAGGACUACUACUUGGGCAAGAAGAACAUCACGUGCUGCGACACUGACCUGUGCAACAUCAGUGGGGCCCAGACCCUGCAGCCGGCCAUCACCACCCUGGCACUGCUCACUGUGCUUGGUGGUCUGCUGCUCUGGGGCCCCAGCCAACUGUAG